AUGCUCACCAACUGGAUCUACGUUUUUCUGCCAAGAAUUUCCUGUGCUUUGGCAUGGGUUGUAAACCCUAUUUUCAUUUAUUUGAUUUUUACGGAAAGUUCAAAUAAAUUCGGAAACUAUCGGUUUCUUCUUUUGUAUUUUGCACUUUUCAAUCUAACCUAUUCAAUUGUAAAUAUAGUUGUUCCAAUUGACAUCAUAACCUACCGUUACUCUUACAUGGUAAUCCUGAGAGAUGGUUGGUUUGUGGAACUCUCCGACUUCAACUUCAGCUUGUUGUCAGCACGUUGCUCAUUGGUCGGUGCAACAUUCGCUCUUAUCCUUGUUCAUUUCGUAUAUCGAUACUUGGCCAUCCAGAAUUCUUCUCUGACACGAGAAAACUUUCAUUGGUAUAUGACCGGAUCGAUCUUUGUCUCAGUUUUCCAUUUUUCUAUUUGGCACUUGACUUGCAUGUACUUCACGCAUGCUGAGGUUGAAAUGAGACAGUAUGUGAUUCCUGGUAUAAGAAGAACUUUUGGUAACGAAACAAUUGAUUUCAAUAUUCUUGGAGGUGCUUUUCAUGAAGUACCGAACAAUGUCAUAAAACGAACUUGGAUUGCCGUGGCAAUAUGCACAUCUAUCUCCGUUCUGACUGUUACACAAUUCAUUGUUUUGAGUAGAAUGAUAAUCAACAAGCUCAACAGUAUGUCCAUCACGGUAAGCAAAAAAAUUGCACGUUUCCAAUUUGAACUUCUUCGUGCUCUGAUCGUUCAAACGACCAUACCAAUUGUAAUCAGUUUUGCUCCGUGUUUGUUUUGUUGGUUCAUUCCCAUUUCUGGAAUCGAGUUGCCAAGACCGUUUAACUACUAUGAAGUCAGUGCUUUUGGGAUUUUUCCAUUCGUCGAUCCAAUUGCAAUCAUCUUAUGCCUCCCCAUCUUCCGAGCCCGAGUUUUUAGUUUUUUGAGUUCAAUUGCUUCAGUUUCCUCUGAAAAACCCAGUUGUGCUUCACCAACCAAAUAA